AUGUGUAGGGCCUUCCCUACAACACUGAAGGGCUUAGCAAGGGUGUGGUUUAGCCGACUGACGCCUAACUCCAUUAGCACUUUUAAGGAGCUAAGCGUUCAGUUUAUUGCGCACUUCAUCGGGGGACAUAGGUAUAAGAAGUUCACGGUGUGCUUGAUGAGCAUCAAGCAGCGAGAGGACGAGACGCUAAGAUCCUACAUAACCCGCUUCAAUAAGGAAGCACUCUCGAUUGAUGAAGCCGACGACAAAAUACUGGUAGCAGCCUUCACGAAUGGAUUGCGGAAGGGUAAGUUUUUGUUCUUCUUGUACAAGAACGACCUAAAGACCAUGUCAGAAGUACUCUACAGGGCCACUAAGUACAUGAAUGCUGAAGAUGCGCUGUUGGCUUGGGAGGAAAAGCCCAGGAAGAGGGAGAGAUAG